AGGCUCAGCACAGCCUGGGCAGCAAUUUCCCUCUUUCCCAAUUCCAGCAGAGGAAUCUUGAUGACAGGCUUAAAGCAAAUGCAGCUUCUCUAAACUUCUCAAAACCACUCUUGACUCAUACUGGACAGUCAUCUCUGCUUUCAACUCCCAUUGAUUCAGCUAGCAGCCAGAAGACCACAGCUACGCAGUCAUCGCAGACCUCAUCCUCUCAGCAUUCUUUGACUGUAGCUUCCACGGUAUCCUCGCCUGGCUUUCUUCGCCCUUCUCGCAGUAUGACACCAGCAGGAAUGCUCCGCCACCAACCAUCUUAUAGCACGGGGUUUGGUGCUGCUUUAAACAUUGAAACACUAGUUGCUGCAGCUGAAAGAAGGGAGACACCAAUUGAGGCUCCUUCUCAAGAAGUUAUAGACAAAAUUCUGUUCAUGAUCAAUAACAUCUCCACAACUAAUAUGGAUGCUAAAGCAAAAGAAUUUACUGAGGUUCUCAAAGAGCAAUACUAUGCUUGGUUUGCGCAGUACAUGGUUAUGAAAAGAGCAAGCAUUGAACCAAAUUUCCAUGAUCUUUAUCUGAAGUUUCUUGAAAGAGUCAAUUCUAGAGCAUUAAAUAAGGAAAUUGUGAAAGCUACAUAUGAGAAUUGCAAGGUUCUUUUGAGAUCAGAUCUUAUAAAAUCAAGUUCUGAGGAACGUUCAUUGCUUAAAAAUCUUGGUAGCUGGCUUGGCAAAUUCACGAUUGGUAGAAAUCAGGCAUUAUUGGCCAGAGAAAUAGAUCCAAAAGUCUUAAUUAUAGAGGCUUAUGAGAAAGGCUUGAUGAUUGCGGUGAUUCCAUUUACAUCGAAGAUUUUGGAGCCAUGCCAAUAUAGUUUAGCAUAUCAGCCUCCAAAUCCUUGGACUAUGGGCAUCCUCGGUUUACUUGCUGAGAUAUAUAAUUUACCAAACCUCAAAAUGAACUUGAAAUUUGACAUAGAGGUUUUAUUUAAAAAUCUUGGUGUAGAUAUGAAAGAUGUCAAACCUACUUCACUUCUUAAGGAUAGAGUUCGUGAAGUUGAAGGGAACCCUGAUUUUUCAAACAAAGAUGCUAGUGUUGCUCAGCCACCUGUCUUGGCAGAGGUUAAGCCUGGAGUUGUACCUGUUCUGAAUCAAGUUGAGGAGGUGAAUAACACAUCAUAUGCAUCAGGUCACCCAAGUCUUGCAAAUCAGUAUACGGCUCCUGUGCACCUUCCUUCAAGCACUAUUGUGGAUGAUGACAAAAUUGGGACCCUGAUGAUCCCUGAACGUGUUUCAUCUGGUCAAGGGUUGACUCAAGUUGCAUCAUCUCCUUCACCAUUUACGUUGAGUCAGCUUCAGCCACUGAUUGGCAACUAUGAUUCAUAUAUCAAUGUCAAUCCAAAGCUUACUUCUAUGGGCUUGCAGUUGCAAUUUCAGAGAAUUAUUCAGAUGUCUUUGGAUAAGGCCAUCAGGGAGAUUGUGUCUCCUGUUAUACAGCGCAGUGUAACGAUUGCAAGUCGAACAACCAAGGAGAUGGUUUUGAAGGACUUAUCCAUGGAGUCUGAUGAUGGAGUCAUACUGCGUUCUGCACACAUGAUGGUGGGUGCAUUGGCUGGAAGUUUGGCGCAUGUUACUUGCAAGGAACCUCUUCGUGUUUCACUUUCAAGUCACCUCCGCGUUGUACUGCAGGCCUUGAAUGUUGUUACUGAUAUUGAUCAGAUCGUGCAGAAUAUUACAACAGAUAAUCUUGACCUUGGUUGUGCAGUUAUUGAGAAUGUUGCUACUGCGAAGGCUGUGGAGCUGAUUGAUGGGGAGAUAGCACCUGCCUUUGCGUCUCUAAGGAAACACAGGGAAGCUACUGGCUCUGCGUACUAUGAUGCUGGUACAUAUGCUCAAGGUCCUUUUGCUCGAAUUCCGGAAGCACUUCGCCCUAAACCUGGUCAUCUCUCUGUUGCGCAAAUGCAAGUCUACAAGGAUUUUGUCAGAACAUGGCAGAAUCAAUCUAGCCAGAGUACGAAUGUUAUGCGUGCCGGUCUGCCUGGUAUUGCUGGUGACUCAGCCGGUUCUUCACUGCCUCGUGUUUAUGGUUCAAAUGCGGGUCAGGCGAACAACCUGUACUCAUCUGCACAAGUAGCACCUGGAUUCAGUACAAUGGGUCAGCAAUUGGAUACACUUCCAGAGGAAUCAGAUCGUAGUUCAGUGCAUCUUCUGAGUGUCCCUUCAAACCAAGUUGGGACUAGUGAUGCUAUGGUCCAGCAUGGUGCUGAAGUCAGUUCUAUCAUGUCCUCAUUUUCUGUUGCUGCUACUGCUUCAGAAUUGCACCUGGAAGCAUCAAAUGUGUCAAAAGAAAUUGGAGCUGUUGUGCUUCCAUCACCUGUCACUAAUGUGGAACGGUUGGGAACAGCGGUAUCUGAAUCACUAUUAACUGCCAGGGAGGCAUUAGAAAAGUACCAGCUAGUGGCAGAAAAGUUGGAAAGUUUGAUUGCUAAAGAAGCCAGAGAUGCUGAAAUUCAGGGUGUGGUUGCUGAGGUGCCUGAUAUCAUACGUCGAUGUGUGAGCCGAGAUGAAGCUGCUUUAGCUGUGGCUCAGAAGGUUUUUAAGAGUUUAUAUGAGAAUGCCUCCAAUGCUCAUCACAUCAAUUCGCAUGUUGCUAUUUUAUCUGCCAUACGGGAUGUCUGCAAGCUUGUUGUCAAGGAAUUGACUAGCUGGGUGAUUUACUCAGAUGAGGAGCGGAAGUUCAAUACAGAGAUAACAAUUUCUCUUAUUCGUUCUGAUUUGCUAAAUCUUGCGGAGUACAAUGUACAUCUUGCUAAGCUUAUUGAUGGAGGAAGAAAUAAAGCUGCUUUGGAGUUCUCCAUUUCUCUUGUUGAAGAAUUGGUUGUUCAGGAAUCUGGAGUUAGCAUGUCAGAAUUACACAAUCUAAUUGAUGCAUUGGCGAAGCUAGCAAUGAGGCCCGGAUCUCCAGAAUCAUUGCAACAGUUGGUAGAGAUUUGCAGGAAUAACACUGGCAAUCUGACUCCCCUGUCUGACUUUACUGUCACCAAAGAAGAGAAGGCUAAGCAGUCCAAGGAGAGAAAGGUUCCUUCUGGUCGCGUCUCAACCACCACAGAGGAGUCUAGUGUUACUGAGACAACAGUAGGGGAUCCAGCUGGUUUCCGUGAUCAGAUUUCACAGCUUUUCGCUGAAUGGGGCAAAAUUUCAAGUCUACCAGCCACAAAUGAUUCAGUGUGCUCCCAUUACAUCUCACAGCUGCAGCAAUUAGGUUUGCUCAAGGGAGAUGACAUCACAGACAGUUUUUUCCGUGUUCUCACGGAGAUCUCUGUUGCACAUUGCCUAGCUACUGAGCAGGCCAUUACCACAGGCUCCUUGUCGCUUCAAUCUGCCCAACAACCCUUGCUUCUCACAUUUACUGCAAUUGAUGCAUAUGCAAUGCUGGUAGUUGCAAUUUUGAAGUUUGGUUCAAUGGAUCAUGGGCCAAGUAAAAUUGCUCUUCUUUCUAAGGUUCUAUCGGUGACUGUUAGAGUGAUUCAAAGGGAUGCAGAAGAAAAGAAGUCAUUUUUCAACCCGAGGCCAUAUUUCAGGUUGUUUAUUAACUGGCUUUUGGACCUGGCUUCUCCAGAUUCGGUCCUUGAUGGUGCCAACUUCCAGGUGUUGACCUCUUUUGCGAACACAUUUCAUGCAUUGCAACCUUUAAAAGUUCCUGGUUGGAGUUUUGCCUGGCUUGAAUUGGUGAGCCAUCGUAGUUUCAUGCCAAAACUGCUGAUGUGCAACUCUCCCAAGGGCUGGCCUUUUGUCCAGCGUUUGCUUGUAGACUUAUUCAAGUUCAUGGAGCCAUAUUUGAGAAAUGCUGAGCUUGGAGAGCCGGUUCAUUUUUUGUACAAGGGCACUUUGAGGGUGCUACUUGUGUUGCUGCAUGAUUUUCCUGAGUUCCUCUGUGAUUAUCACUUCAGCUUUUGUGAUGUGAUUCCUCCUAGUUGUAUCCAAAUGCGUAAUGUCAUCCUCAGUGCUUUUCCAAGGAACAUGAGGCUUCCUGAUCCCUCAACUCCCAACUUAAAGAUCGAUUUGUUAGCUGAAAUCAGCCUGUCGCCACGCAUUCUUUCUGAUGUUGAGAGCACUUUAAAAGCUAAGCAGAUUAAGGCUGAUAUUGAUGACUAUCUUAAGACAAGACCAGAUGGAUCAACUUUCUUGACAGAACUGAAGCAGAGGUUAUUACUUCCUCAGGCCGAGGCAAACAUGGCAGGGACUCGGUACAAUGUCCCCCUGAUAAAUUCUCUUGUUCUGUAUGUGGGGAUGCAGGCAAUCCAGCAGUUACAGAGCAAAUCUUUGCAACAGCACACUCCAACACCCCAAAUGACUCAUAACCCACCUAUGGAUAUCUUUCUCGUCGGUGCUGCCAUGGAUAUUUUCCAAAGUUUAAUCAAGAGCUUGGAUACAGAGGGCCGCUAUCUUUUCCUUAAUGCAGUCGCUAAUCAAUUGCGCUAUCCAAACAACCAUACACAUUACUUCUCCUUUGUCCUUCUCUACUUGUUCGCAGAGGCUACCCAGGACAUUAUCCAGGAGCAGAUAACUCGAGUGUUGUUGGAACGCCUCAUCGUCAAUCGACCUCAUCCAUGGGGAUUGCUGAUCACCUUCAUUGAGUUAAUCAAGAAUCCAAGAUACAGCUUCUGGAGCAGACCAUUCACACACUGUGCACCUGAGAUCGAAAAGCUUUUCGAGUCCGUCUCCAGAUCAUGCGGUGGCCCGAAAGCCAUCGAUGACAGCAUCGUUGCAGGCGGAUUAACUGAUGGCAGUCACUGAAAAAUUAAACUAGAGUCUGAUUCUAGCUCUUGUUUUUUUCGAACAACCAAAUUUAUUUGUUGAUAUCUCAUGUAUGAUUAGGACAUCUCCCUGCUCGCUAAUCAAUCUACUCUUACAACUUUUUCUAUUGAAUUCUCAUUUCUGACAAAUGUUUGAUGUAGCAAUUAAUCUAAAACCAACUGCAUUGUAAUA